AUGGUGUACAGAGACCCAAGAGUCAUACAGCUGAGGAGAGAACCUAGUAACUGCCCUGUCAUACGUGACAAGCCUGAGGAGGUCUUUAAGCUUGCGAAGCUCUGGGACUCGCAUGGUCUUUUGGUCGCUCACUUUGACCAGUCCUUUGAGCAUAGACGAGGAGAACUGGUUCGGGUGUUUAGCGCCUUGAAGAACCCUACAUGUGACCGGCAGAUAGGAGACCAUCGUGGCCGCAACAGCAUUGAGGCAAGAGUGGUAGGACCUUCCAGGUGGCUUCCUGCUGGACCCGAUCUACAGGAUUUGGUCGUUGACCCUUCUACCCAAACUCUGUCGAUUUGCGCAACAGACCGGAGGGACUUCUACCACCAGCUUUGGGUCACUAGGUCCAGAGCGCUUUGCAAUACAGUAGGCCCAGGUUUGCCCACAGAGUGGCUUGAGGAGACACAGGUAUGGCCGCAGUUGUUAGGUUUGAUGCAGAAGCAAAGGUAUGACCGUCUCAGGGAUGGAGACCAGCUUGGUAUGCGAAGCCCAGGUCCCAGGAAAAGCAGAGGAGAGUUUGGGCAAUGUUGGGUCGCGUUUGGCAGUGUUUUUCAAGGGGAUCAUGCAGGAGUUGACCUGGCCACUGAAGGCCACACACAGCUGUUGAAGGAUGCAGGGCUCUUAGAUGAAGGUACUAGGUUGCAGUCGCAGUCUCCCCUUCGCUCGAGCAGUUUCGCUCAGGGCCUUUGCAUUGAUGACUACUUUUGCGUUUCGGUGGAGCCAGAAAACAGAGCUCGAGGGGCUUCUUUGUCAGAGAGGUUUCUUUUGGGUGCGAGGCAGAAGUAUGAGGAGCACAGCUUGCUAGGCAGCCCCGACAAAGAUGUAGUUGGAGAGGACGAGGCCAAGGUGAUUGGAGCCCAGAUGAACGCUUCAGCUAGAGCGAGGAGGUUGGGUUUGGUGACCUUAGGCGCGCCUUUGAAGAAGAAGCUGGCCCUCUCUUUCGUCACCCUGCAGCUGUGCGCUUUAGGAUACACCACUGAUGCACUUCACCUUUGUCUGGUUGGGGCCUGGGUUUCGAUGCUGAUGUAUCGCAGGCCCCUGAUGUCUAUACUUCGACAUGCCUUCAGUUUUGUGGAUGCUGCGCAUGUUGACCCCAUCAAGCCCAAGGUUGUGCGGCUUACACGCGCUCUGAAGGAUGAGUUGGUGAUGCUGGCGAUUUUGAUGCCCCUUGCAGUCACUGAAUUGUCGGCACCUUACCAUGACUGUUUGUAUGCAACAGAUGCCUCUUCCUACAGAGGGGCCGUCGUCAAGUGCCAGCCUAGCAAGGAGGUAGUUGAAGUUUUGUGGAAGUCAUGCAGGUCAAAAGGGUCCUACACCCGUUUUAGGUCCCAGCAUGAGAUACUGCUGCGCCAGUUGGGCAUUGGUGAGGAGGUAGAGGAGCACAUGCACGAAGAGCCAGUGAGACGCCCACUUGCUUUCCGUUUUGACUUCAUAGAGGUUUUUUCUGGAGCUUCUGGAAUCACGAAGUUGGUGGAGUCUUGGGGGUUCUCAGUGGGGCCCUGCAUUGACCUGUCUGAGAGCGAAGAGUAUGACCUCCGUUACUUACAUGUUGUGAGUUGGCUCACCCACUUAUGCGCCUCAGAACAGAUCAAAGGUUUCAUGCUGGAGCCUCCAUGCACCACUUUCUCAAUAAUGAGGAGACCGCAGUUGAGGAGCCUGGAGCAGCCUUUUGGCUUUGACCCUACAGAUGAUGCAACAGCUCUUGGAACACUUUUGGCGCAGAGGAGUUUUCAAAUGAUGCACAUCGGCCUCAUUAAUGAGGUCUCUGGCAUUCUGGAAACUACUUUCUCUUCAAGGAUGAGAGCACUGCCUAGCUACAUAGCACUCCGUGACCAUGAGGCUUCAGAUAUGCUGGCCCGGAGAUGCAAAUGUAAACAGAAGCAUGUGUUGGUGCAAGGGGCGUUCACAAAGGCCUCGGCCACAUAUACUCCCAAGCUUUCCUUGGAGCUGGCACGCACCAUCUGUCUGGCUAUGCUUGCGAAGCAGGAGGUCCUGGAGCUGGAGGAGUGCAGUGAGACCAAGGGCUUGGAGAAUCUUUUGGUGAACCAGACAGCCCUCACGGAGAAGUGGCAGACCCUGUUUUCAUGGAAGUUCAAAAAGUUGUCUCACAUCAACAUUUUGGAGCUCUCCUCCAUUUUGAAGCUUGUGAUGCACUUGGCAAAGGAAGCCUCGCAUACGAGAGUUGUGGCCUUGACCGACUCGCUGGUGGUGCGGGGAGCAGUUUCGAAAGGUAGGACUUCCUCAAAGGGUCUUGGAGCUGUUUUACGGAAGAUUUGCUCUUGCGUGACGGCAGCUGGCAUCUACCUUACGGUGCCUUUUGUGCCAACACGUCUCAAUGUAGCGGACGACCCCACCAGAGAAGUUUCCCUCAGAGAACCAGCUGGGGAGAGGGUCCUAGCCAACACAGAAGAGCUUUUUGAGAUGGCAUGUUUCCCUCCAAUGCGACGAUGGGCGGCAAACUGGACUAGGCUAGAUUGGGAGAGUCGAGGAUUACAAAGCGUUGGCAUGAGAGGCAGUUUGAGUUUGAUAGCACCUUGGGUUUUCCUGGAGAAGGUCCUGCAGAGCCCUGGGAGGAGGUCCUGGAUUUUGCUUUUAGUUAGUAGUGCUCAAGCCAUGCCGCUUUUUCCUCGAAAUUCUGGCGACACUGCGCGAGCCUCUGCUAGAGCUCUCCGGGAGCAACCCACAGUGACGCGGCCAGUUUUACCAGUUACACUGGCCCUGAGAGAGAAGCAUCAAGCCGUUUUCAGUACGUGGCUGGCAGAAAAUGAGAUUGACUUUGACCUCAUGCUGCAAAGACACUACGAAUGCAUUGACGAGAUCAACAUGGUUUUAGUACGGUUUGGGAAGGCACUUUACGCUGCUGGUAGGCCGUACAACCACUACUUGGAGACUAUAAACCUGGUGGUGUCUAGAAAACCUUUGUUGAGACGCAUGCUUCAGAUGGCAUGGGACUACGCGUUUAGCUGGGUGAAACAAGAGCCGUCGGCUCAUCAUGUGGCCAUGCCCUUUCAGGUUUUGUUAGGAUGCAUCUCAGUCGCGAUUCUCUGGGGCUGGGACAAAGUGGCUGGAGCUCUAGCGCUGAUGUGGGGCGCACUGCUAAGAGCGGGUGAGUUUCUGGCAGCUUUUCGUUCACAGCUAUCACUACCGAGAGAUGCUCAGUUUUCAGUCAAUUUUGCUCUGGUGUCAAUACCAGAGCCAAAGACAAGGCUGACUGCUGCGCGGCAUCAAGUCGCAAAACUGGACAUACCUGAUCUGAUAGGCGUGGUUGAUAUGGCUUUUGGAUCUUUGAAGCCUGAGCAAAAGCUCUGGCAAGGGAGCGGUCAAACUUUGAGGAACAGACUGAAGCAGAUUCUUUGUGCUCUUCAUUUGCCGGUGACCAAAACACUGCAGCUGAAACCACUGGAUCUUGGCUCCUUGCGCUCCGGAGGUUUGGAUAGAAGGCGCUCCGGCCGAAAGGGUGUGCUGACUUUGCCCGGCCCGGCCUUGCCCAAACAUUUGCGACUCACUGGGUUGGUGGAACGUUUGAAACACAUCUUUUCGGAGAAACCCGUAGAGAUCCCAGAUGAUGCUGCAGUGGUGGCGGAAUUACCCAGGCCAGUGGUGGUACCCAGUGCAGAGAAGAAAUCGCAUGGCCCAUGUCGGGGUUUGGUGACUGCAAGGGAGGUCCGACGUCAUGUUGGCGAAUCGCAACCCCUCCAAGCAGUCCUUGAGCCUGACGAUGUGGCCGAUGUGGUACCUCCACCUCCACCUCCACCAUUUUCUUUGCUCCCCUCCUGGGAGCCAGUGACACUGGAAGCAUUGGAUGCAGAGGAAGAAAAUGCAGAGAGAGGGGAUGCAGAUGUGGCGCCAAGCAGUUCGGCGGCGAGCCCCAAGUCGCCGGGCAGCCCACUGGUCGUGCCUUUGGGCCGCGAAGCCGCGUGGAGUGGUUGGAGGCACCUGCCCACAAGCGUGGAGGUUGCAGAGAGGCCUCCAGAGCUCCCGGAGCUCGACCUGCCGGAUGCAUCGGAGGCGGCCGACGAAUCGCUGAGUCCCGGAAGCAGCUGCCAGGGCGGGGCAAAUGCGAGGGACGAAGGCCACGUCCCGCUUGGGUGGGGAUAA